CGCGCCGACUCAUCCUUCAGAGGAGCGCGCUUUCAUGGCAGGAGCGCGCGCCGGUGUGCAGAUGUGUCGCAGAUUUUGUGAAGUCACUGGACGAGUGCGGAGGAAGUCCUGGAUUAACUGGACUCUGAAAGUAGAAUCAAACCGAAGCGGGAGAGGGGAGGACGGAGCCGAGGCAGCCGCCGCCAGUAGCAGUUACCGUUAGCUUAGUUUGUGAGGGAGAAGGACGUUACUUUACCGUUAAAUCCCAACGGACGGCCGUGCGCACAGAGAUGGAGCUCUCUGCCAUUGGAGAGCAAGUGUUUGCCGUGGAAUCAAUUCUAAAGAAAAGGUUUAGAAAGGGCAAUGUGGAGUACCUGCUGAAGUGGAAAGGAUGGCCUCCAAAAUAUAGCACCUGGGAACCUGAAGAGCACAUUCUGGACCGGUGCUUGGUGCAGGCCUUCGAGGACAAAGAAGAGAGAGACAGAGUCGUUGGCCACAGAAGGAAAGGAUCGAAGUCAAAAAGACUCGUUUUACAGAACACUUUUUACACCAUGGAUCUCCGCAGUGCUCACAAGAUUCCUCCCAAGCCUCCUCCUCGCCUUCGUCUCUCUCUGACGCGCUCCUUGGUUCCCAAAGAGGAGGAUGAGACGUAUGUUCCUUGCAGGCCUGGCUAUCAAAUACAACCGGCACACCAAAAAAAAAUCAAACAGAAGAGGUCACAAAGCAGAUGGCUUAACUUAAACCUGCAGAGUCCUUUCCAAGAGGACUGGAGGGUGAUGGGAGACGAAGAGGACGAGGUGGAGAACAGUGCAGAGGAUAGUGAACACAGAGAUGAAGAGGAGCAAGAGGGGGCUCAAAUGGAGGUGGCUGAUUUGAGAGAAGGUGUUUUUAACGGACAUAGGGAUACAGAUAACUGGAGUGCCGCUGCUGGACCUCACAUUGCAGCUGCAUCAGAAAAAUUGUGGAGACCCAUCAUCAGCCCAGGAGAGGUAACGGUCACAGACGUCACCCUCAACUCCCUCACAGUGACCUUCCGAGAGUCAAGAGUGGCCAAAGGCUUCUUCCGAGACUGGGGUCUGGAGGUGUGGGAGCAGGAGAACUCCAGCUGUUUUGUGUCAACCUCAGCGGUUUGUUAGAGAACAUCAGUAAACAAACAGCAUCCCGACGUCCAAGGAACACGCAAGACAUCUUAGAGAUAAAGCUGUGGAGUUGUUUAAAGCAGGGUUAGGUUAUAAAACAAUAUCCCAAGCUUUGAACAUCUCACUGUUCAAUCUAUCAUGUCCAUGCACAACUGCAAAACUACCAAGACAUGAGCAACCAGCUAACACACAUGCCAGGCAAGGGGAGCAGUAAUUAGAGAAGCAGCCAAGGGGCCUUUGAUUCAUCUGGAGGAGCUGUAGAGAUCCACAGCUCAGGUGGAAGACUCUGCACUUCACACAUUGAUCCUUGGUGAAGUGAUAAGAGGAAAAUUGUUGAAAUCAGGCAAUAAGAAGUCAAGUUUGGAGUUUGCUGCUAACCAUAUAGAACACAGCAAACAGAAGGCAUAUUGUUAUGUAUGGUGGAAAAAUCAACACUGCAAAUCACUCUGAAGAAGGUUUGUCAUUUUCAAACUCAAUACUACAAGAAAAACUUGAAAAUAUUGUCAAUACCGCAGCAACAUUUUUUAGGCACAGGGUUCUUUUUAGUUAAGAGCAAACUAAAUAUUAAUUACAAUAUGACAACAUUUUUAAGACUUAGUAUGGGUAUUCAUUUCCUUUAUAGAAGUAUGUACCUUUGAUUCAGUUGUGCAUUUAUUUUAUUUUAUUAUAACUCCUGAUUGUUCGUUUGCCACUGUGUGCUUCCAUUUGCCUGUCAAUUUGCUGUUGAUCCAAAUAAAUAUUACCACUGAGGAACAAAUAAAGGAUCUUUCUAAACCAAAAUAAAGCAAACAUGGAUCUAUCA